AUGGCUUUAUUCCUCGCGGCCCUUUCCCUCGUCGGGGCCUCUGCAUAUCGCGACUCCUUUGUGUCCAGCCUGGUCACCGAUACAGCCACCUGCGACUGGGGGCGGGAGGGUGGAUUGACCCCCUCCACCAUCAGAGAUGACAACUCUGGAUGGUGCCUCUACCACAACGUCGAUCCUAAGGUGAGUCCACCCCACAUGGGCUACUGCAUCAAUCUGAACACCCACCAGCUCUGGUUCUUCAACUUUCAGAACCCAGCCUCCGGCUUCCUGUCCAACAUGGCGCCGGCCACCCUGCACUACAGCCUGUCAUCCCUCCUGGACCUGGGCGUUCACUACAGCCUGGACGAGCUGGACUACAUGCGCCCGGUGUAUGAGGCAAAGAAGCCCGCUCUCGACCAUGCUUUGGAGGCAGCGCUGGCGGCGAAGCGCCCGGUGGAUGAGCAGGUGAAGGCGCUGAAGGAGAGUCUGGAAGCCACACCCAGCUCAGCCACGGAAGCGGAGCUCAAGGCUGCGAAGAAGUCUUUGAGGCCCUUGGAGGACGAGGUGAACAAGGCUAAGGACGAAGUCGCCAAGUUCGAGUGGCCGCCGAUGAUGUCCGCCAUGAACCGUCAUGUGAGGGUGCUGGAUAAGCAGUUUGGCCCGGUUCAAGUCGCUUCAGUGGAGCACCUCUUCGAGCUGGCGAAGGCGUACCUCACAGGGGACACCGCCACUUUUGACGCCACCCUGGAGCACAUGAGCUCUGCCGACCCCAAGGCAUCAAAGAAGCGCGCCAGGAAGUUGCCAGUUCCAUUCUUCGCGCUGAAGCGCUUCUGGUUCCCAAAGGCCGAGAGCUUCAUCGCCCCCGCGGUGCUCGAGAAGAUGGGCAACGUCGAGUACAAGCCGAAGUUCGAGAAGCUGUGCAGUUGCGGCAUCCAGACCAUCGAGGAGGUGGACUACUAUGACGGCCGCGGGACUUGGGGCAUCGCCGCCGAGAGGAACUGGCUGGGCAUGCUGGCGCCGGACUUCCUGGAUGGGAGGCUAGCCUCCCACCAGACCUACUUGACCCAGGAGCGCAAGCUCAGCAAGAUCCUCACGCUGAUUCUGAAGGCCACGCAUGAGAACAGCUGCACCGUGCCCGCCUCACUGGACUGGGCCCGCCUCAGCAGCAUCCCCUAG